CAUUUAUUACGCUCGAUUCUUUUCACGAGUACACGACCGUCGUGUUUCAAGCGCUUAAACGGAGAAAAAUAAGCGGAACUAAUAACGAGAUUAUCAUAAGAAAGUGCAGAAGGUGCAAUUAAGAAACAGCUGAUUCGAAAUAAUGAUAGCUACACACGAACGCAGGAAGGUUUGCCGCGCGACAAGAGAAGCGACCUGGUAGCCAGUAAACUUUCGGUUUCCACGGGAAAGCGGCGCGUUGAUUGGCUACCGUGUCGCGUCUUGCCGCGAGGGCGAGCGUUUCUUCAUUCAGUGUGCAGGAACCAUAAAAUCGGUGUGUAAAUACCGGCUGAUUCUCACUGACCUGAGAUGAUCGCGAGAUGCAGCGCGUGUUAUUCGUCUCGAUAAGAUAAUUUGCACACGGUUUCUACCAGUUGAAUUAUUAUCUGCAAACGAUGAGCGACAGCGACGACGAUCAGCCACGUUUAAGCUCGACCGCGCUUGCCGCGCUGGAGGAAUUCCUGAGGGAGAAAGAAGAACGGGAGAAUUUUCUGAAAAAUGUAUCCGAGGAAAGUCAGGUGUCGGGUACGCUCUUCGGCGAGGAUUGGCAAUUGAGCCAGUUUUGGUACGACGACAGGACGAUAGAAACGAUCGCCAGAGGUGCCUUGAAUUCGACACCGGCAGGUGGAAGAAUCGCUCUGAUCUCUUGUCCAACUCUCUACAGCGAGCUGAAGAAGAAAUCAGGCGGAAGAGAAAUUAAGCUCUUCGAAUACGACAGUCGUUUCCAAGUGUUUGGUGCGGAUUUCAUAAGGUACGACUACAAGUUUCCCUUGGACGUGCCCAGGGACAUGACUAGGCGGUUUGAUCUGGUCAUAGCGGAUCCACCGUUCCUCUCGGAUGAUUGUCUGACCAAGACAGCUGUGACGAUCAAGUUCUUGACGAAGGGGAACGUUGUACUGUGCACAGGAGCCGUUAUGGCGGAGUUAGCCGAGAGACUGUUGAAGGUCAGGAAAUGCAACUUCAUGCCGGGCCACAAGAACAAUCUGGCGAACGAAUUUUAUUGCUACUCAAACUUCGAUUUCGACAAGUCUCUGGAAUGAGCGAGCAGUAUUUCUGAAACAGUAUUAUUUAACGACGAUAUACAUUUGUAUUUGAUAUCAGUAGAUACUUGUAAAUACGUAGGGACGCGUUUGUACUUUUUUUUUUAAAGAGACCCGCGCGGCCGCGCCUGGACGACCGUACGAUCGACAAAUCGUCAGCUCGAAUUUUUAUCGAAGAUUUUCAAUUGUGAUUCCGCGCUACCCUUUUCAAUCACAGUGUUCUCAGGUAUUUAUCGACUUAUUAUUGCGAAAAGCUGCGAUCAAUGAAUAUGAAUAUAGUAAAUGUAAAUAUAAAUGAAAUAAAAUAUAGAUG